AUGACAACAAGCGAAUUUGAAUCCCUUACAAAAACAGAUCAAUUCGAAUUAAUAAGUAAGGAAUCUCCUAAUGAAGAAAUCUCUAUGAGCAAUGAAAUCGUAUCUGUGUCUUCUGAUAACACAAAUAACUCUCAAAAAAGCACAAAUAAACCAAGAAAAAGAGCAAAUAACCUACAAAAAAACCAGGUCAAACAUAUACAAAACUGUGUAUCUGUCAGAGAUUACCUUAAGGAACUCGAUGAUGGAAGUAAUGAAUGCAAAGCCAAUAUGAUUAUUAAACUUCUAAAAGAAAUUGGCAUUGGCAAAAAACUAUUAGGGGUCACUACCAAUAAUGCUGUCAAUAUGCUUGUGAUAGGGCAUAUUUUAAAAGAAAAAAUGAAUAAUAAGUUUAGUAAUCCAGAUAUACAAUAUUUUUGUUGUGGCACCCAUGUUCUUAAUAUUGUUGUAGAAGAAGAAAUGAAAUCAAUAAACAAAGAAAUUUCUAAGGCAAGAGAUUUCUCCAAAAAACUUCGAAACUCUCCGUCGCUAAUUCGAGAAUUAAAAAAAAUUUUUGAGUUGAAAAAUAUUCCAUUUUUAAUGCCCGAGACUGAU